AUGCCUUUCGGGACGGCAUAUGGGUAUGCGCUCCUCCUGGCCGCCUCGUCGUCGGCAACCGCUGCCGCCGCCGCCACUGCCGGCGCAGUCCCGCUCACCAUCACCGAAACCUCUCCAAUCUCUGCAGACGGUGUGCCACGGCUGCUGGCGCGCCUUCCGGGCGUGGAGCUGCUGCCCAUGCGCCCAAAGAAGAACUCGAAACCAGCACCUCCCACGACGGACCAGAUCACAGUGAUCAUCAACUCCACGACCACAUAUCAGACAAUCCUCGGCUUUGGCGGGGCCUUCACAGAGGCUGCAGCGCACAACUGGAUUCGCCUCAGUCCCCGCGACCGUGCCGAGGUGAUGCGACUUUACUUUGCCAAGCCUUCCGAGGGUGGGCAUGGGUACACGCUCGGUCGGGUCCCCAUCAAUAGCUGCGACUUCUCAGUCCGCCCCUACACCUUCGACGAGGUCGCAGGCGACCGUGAAUUGGAGCAUUUUGACACCACCGUGUCUCACGACGUAGCCAAUGGCAUUGUGCCCAUGAUUCAGGCCGCACAGCGUGAGGUUGCGCAGCGCGGCGGAGGAGCUCUGACUAUGUUUGCCUCUCCGUGGUCGCCUCCGGCGUGGAUGAAAAUUCCACUCCUCCCUCCCACGGGCGCUCGGGGGCCGGCGCCCUCUGGGAUCUCGAUUGCGCGCUGUCUGGGCCCCUGGGCAAAGUACUUUUCGCUCUGGAUCGAUGCGUACCAGCGGCACGGCAUCCGAAUCUGGGCCGUGACGAUUCAGAACGAGCCCAUGGCUGCCGUCGGUUGGGAGUCGUGCCUUUGGAGUGCCAACAAUUCGGCAGCGUUUGUGCGGGACCAUCUCGGGCCGGUGCUCGCUCGAGAGCAGCCCGGAGUGUUGAUCAUAGGCUACGAUCACAACAAGGACAAGGUCGCGAAGUGGGCAAAGGCGCUAUACGAGGACCCGCUAGCAGCGCAGUAUGUGGCAGGCGUGGCGGUGCACUGGUAUGGCGGCCUCAAGACAGAGAGCCUCGACGAGACGCACGCCCUCGCGCCCGGCAAAUUUAUCCUUGCGUCUGAGGCCUGCAACUGCGGCGGCGUGGUCUUUGAGCAACCGGACGCUCGGCGGUGGUGGGCGAGGGCCGAGGAUCUCGCCCUCGAUAUUCUUGUGGACCUGCUCCACUGGGCCGUUGGAUGGACGGACUGGAACCUGAUACUCGACAUCACCGGCGGCCCAAAUCACGCUCACAACCUCUGCGACGCGAAUAUCAUUGCCGACCCGCCCAAUGCGCGCGGCCAUGGAACUCUGACGCUGCAGGCCAGCUUCUACUUUCAGGGGCACUUCUCUCGGUUCAUUCCACCCGGCUCGAUCCGC